AUGAUUGCUGUAUAUGGUAUUUCUUUCACGCACACGGAAUCACCUUCUAGCUCAACGAGCAGCGAUCGUUCUGUCAACUCUGGUGAACAGACGGAGUCACCUUCUAGUGCAACGAGCAGCGAUCGUUCUGUCAACUCUAGCGAACAGACGGGAUCACCUUCUAGCUCAACGAGCAGCGAUCGUUCUGUCAACUCUGGUGAACAGACGGAGUCACCUUCCAGUGCAACGAGCAGCGAUCGUUCUGUCAACUCUAGCGAACAGACGGGAUCACCUUCUAGCUCAACGAGCAGCGAUCGUUCUGUCAACUCUGGUGAACAGUCGGAGUCACCUUCCAGUGCAACGAGCAGCGAUCGUUCUGUCAACUCUAGCGAACAGACGGGAUCACCUUCUAGCUCAACGAGCAGCGAUCGUUCUGUCAACUCUGGUGAACAGACGGAGUCACCUUCUAGUGCAACGAGCAGCGAUCGUUCUGUCAACUCUAGCGAACUGACGGGAUCACCUUCUAGCUCAACGAGCAGCGAUCGUUCUGUCAACUCUGGUGAACAGACGGAGUCACCUUCUAGUGCAACGAGCAGCGAUCGUUCUGUCAACUCUAGGGAACUGACGGGAUCACCUUCUAGCUCAACGAGCAGCGAUCGUUCUGUCAACUCUGGUGAACAGACGGAGUCACCUUCUAGUGCAACGAGCAGCGAUCGUUCUGUCAACUCUAGGGAACUGACGGGAUCACCUUCUAGCUCAACGAGCAGCGAUCGUUCUGUCAACUCUGGUGAACAGACGGAGUCACCUUCUAGUGCAACGAGCAGCGAUCGUUCUGUCAACUCUAGGGAACUGACGGAGUCACCUUCUAGUGCAACGAGCAGCGAUCGUUCUGUCAACUCUAGCGAACUGACGGGAUCACCUUCUAGUUCAACGAGCAGCGAUCGUCUUGUCAACUCUGGCGAAGAGAAACGUUUUGUCAAGAACAGUCUUACGGUUGUAAUUACCGUCAUCCAUACAACGCAAACAUGA